AGAACCCCAGCACCAACGGCCCCGGAGCGCGCGUCAGCAGGCCACAGCCAGGGUCCCCCGGGGCCCGAGCGGUCAGCCCGGCAGUCAGGCCUCCCGCGGCCCCGGCCCGCAGCCUCUCAGAGCUCCACCCUUCACGCUCGCCCACGCAGGGAGCCCGGAGGCCGGGUCCAGGCCCAGCGAGAAGCUAAGGAGCCACUGGAGACGGCAGCUGCCCCAGGCUCCUGGGAACACGCAGCGUCCCUCUUCCUGACCAAAAACCGACCGUUCUGGAGUAGAACCUUCAGAAAAGGGCACUGAUUUAAUUGGAAAUGUUAAGGUUGCCCAAAAAAGUAUUAACUAGAUUGGAUCAAAUUCAAGAUGAUGAAACCUACCUGGAAAAUUUAGCAGUUCAGAGAAAUGCUUCUGCCUUUUUUGAAAAAUAUGAUCGGAGUGAAGUACAAGAACUACUGACCACGGCACUGGUUAGCUGGUUGUCCACCAAAGAGGACGUUCGCUCUCAACUAGACAUCCCGUGUGGAAUUAUGACUCAGAUGAACAACUUUGCCUUCUCCACUGCGAUCCUGCUGACUCCGGUGGACUCAGAUGCCCUCUUAGACUACAGGGAGGUCCAUCAGAUCAUAAGGGAGUUGGCCGUUGGAAUUUAUUGCUUAAAUCAGAUCCCGUCGAUCAGUUUAGAAGCUAAUUAUGAUCAGAGUUCAUCUUGUCAUUUACCUCCAGCCUAUUAUGAUACCAGAAUCGGACAGAUUCUGAUCGAUAUUGAUUACAUGCUCAAAGCGCUGUGGCAUGGAAUCUACAUGCCCAAGGAGAAACGGGCCCGCUUCUCGGAGCUGUGGCGCACCAUCAUGGACAUUGACCCAGAUGGGAAGCCGCAGACAAGCAAAGAUAUUUUUGCAGAGUUUAAUGCGGCAGGUUUGGUUGAUAUUACAAAGGAUCCAGACUUUGAUGGAAUCUAUGAUGAAGACAUGAAUGAAGAUCCAACAUAUAAUCCCAACAGCCCUGAAGAAAAAGCUGUGUUCAUGAAAUAUGCUGAAAAUAUUAUGCUAAAGUUGACAUUCAGUACCAUACAAGUUCAACAAUAUGAAAAUGUCUUUAUAUUUGAAACAGCUUACUGGCUUACCAAUGCCAUAAAAUAUAAUCAGGAUUAUCUUGAUAUUUGUACCUACCAGAGACUACAGCAAAGAUUGUAUCUUCAAAAAAAGAUUAUUCAGAAACAUUUUGAGAAGAAAAAAGAAAUCAGAGGAGGGCUAGGAUACCUAAAGUUAAUAUGUUUUCUGAUUCCAUUUCUACUGAGUUUAAAAAAGAAGAUGAAAGUCCCAUAUUUAAGUAGUCUGCUUCAGCCCUUUUCUGAUGACAAGGUCAAGACAGAAAGAGAAUUGCCUCCAUUUAUUUAUGGACAAGACUUUAAAUGCCAGAAUUUUUACUACAAAGAGAACCAAUAUUUUCACAUGCAUGGAGGAAUUGAAUUUGAUAUCAGCACCCCUUCAAUUGAGAAUGCUCUGGAAGAUUUUAAGAACAACUUGGAAAAAAUACGAGACUGUGCUGCUAAUACAUUUGCAGAAGAUUCAGGAUAUAAAGAAUAUUACUCAAUACCAGUCAUGGAAUUUUAUGGAAGAAGGAAGAUUGCCAGCACAGAAGAAAAAUCACAAGGCACCUCAAAGUUAGAAAAACAUCUUUUUUUCUUUCUUUUUCAUAGCUAUUAUGUGAUUUGUUUUGAACUUGAAGCUUUCUAUCAGCAGCUGUAUAAGACACAGUGGUGGGGAGCCAUAAAUGAAAUUGUGAACAGUCUGAGAGUGAAAAGACUUCCACUGACAGAUGCUCAAUUGCAUGACCAAUUUAAGAAAAAAUUUGGUUUCAAAAAAGCUAUGAAAUGCAAGAGUAUCCCAUAUGGUUUGAAGUCUGCUGUAGAAAGAGGAUUAUCUGCUAUUUUCCAUACAUUCAGUCGUAAAACCUCAAGCUCGACAAUCAAUGUGUCUGAUGAAGCAGGUUUUGCAAUUUUCCACCAUGCUGCUCUGUACAACAGAGUUCCUAUUAUAUGUCAGUUGUGCAACGCUAACUUCAAUGUCAACCAGAGACGCUUUAUCAUGUUCAGCCAAGACUCAUCCAAAGUGGACAUGAAGAAAGAAAGAACUGGCCCAACACCCCUGCACCUGGCUGCACAGGCCUGUUCCUUAGAGACAACCAUCUGUCUGCUCUGCUUCAAAGCUGACUACACACUUUCUGAAAAGAGAGGCUGGAUGCCGAUUCACUUUGCUGCCUUCUACGACAAUAUCUGCAUUGUCAUUGCUCUCUGCAGGAAGGAGCCUAGUUUGCUGGAAGCCGAGACAACAGCUGAGAAUCAGUGUACUCCAUUGUUACUUGCUGCCACUUCAGGAGCACUGGACACCAUUCAGUACCUAUUUUCUCUUGGUGCUAACUGGAGAAAAAUGGAUGCCAAGGGAAAUAAUAUUAUUCACUUAUCAGUGCUAACCUUUCACACAGAGGUUCUCAAACAUAUAAUAGAGCUAGAUAUUCCUGAACUCCCAGUUUGGAAAACUUUGGUAGAAAUGCUGCAGUGUGAAAGCUAUAAACGAAGGAUGAUGGCAGUCAUGUCCUUAGAAGUAAUUUGCUUAGCGAAUGAACGAUACUGGAAAUGUAUUUUGGAUGCAGGCACCAUUCCUGCAUUAAUCAAUCUACUAAAAUGUCCCAAAAUAAAAUUACAGUGCAAAACUGUUGGGUUAUUGAGUAAUAUCUCAACCCAUAACAGUGUAGUGCAUGCUUUGGUCGAGUCAGGAGGCAUUCCAGCUGUGAUCAACCUCUUGGCAUCUGAUGAACCUGAGCUGCACUCUCGCUGUGCUGUCAUUCUCUACGAUAUUGCUCAGUGUGAAAACAAGGAUGUUGUUGCCAAAUAUAAUGGAAUACCAGCUCUGAUAAAUCUCUUGACAUUAAACAUAGAAAAUGUGCUAGUAAAUGUAAUGAAUUGUAUCCGGGUAUUGUGUAUAAAAAAUGAAAUCAACCAAAGAGCAGUGAGAGACCACAAUGGGAUCCAACAUCUUAUCAGAUUUCUGAGUUCUGAUUCAGAUGUGUUGAAAGCCGUAUCUUCUGCUACAAUUGCUGAGGUUGGGCGUGACAAUAAGGAAAUUCAGAAUGCUAUCAUCAUGGAAGGCGCCAUCAAUCCUCUGGUAGCUCUUUUUAAAGGCACACAACUUAGUGUCCAAGUGAAAGGUGCAGAGGCCGUGGAAUCAUUGGCAAGUUUCAACCCUCUCAUACAGAAAGCAUUUCUGGAAAGAAAAUUAACGAAAUAUCUUCUGAAACUCCUAAAGGCCUUUCAAAUAGAUGUCAAAGAACAAGGAGCAAUGACCCUUUGGGCCUUGGCUGGGCAGUCACUGAAACAGCAAAAGCACAUGGCCGAGCAGAUUGGGUACAACUUUAUAAUCAGUAUGCUUCUGUCUUCAUCAGCUAAAAUGCAGUAUGUGGGAGGUGAAGCAGUAAUAGCUCUAAGUAAGGACAGCAGGCUGCAUCAAAAUCAAAUAUGUGAAGGCAAUGGAAUUGCACCAUUGGUUCGCUUACUAAAAAUUAGUAGAUUAACUGAAGGCACACUUCUCAGUGUCAUCAGAGCAGUGGGAUCCAUGUGUAUUGGUGUAGCCCACACAAGCAAUCCUGUUAGUCAGCAGUUUAUUGUGGAGGAAGAUGCCCUUCCAGUACUUAUCCAGCUGCUAAGAAAUCACCCUUCUCCUAACAUUAAGGUGGAAGUGGCAUUUUCCUUGGCAUGCAUUGUCCUAAGGAAUGAGGUACUACAGAAUGAAUUGCUUGACAAUGAAGGAUUUAAGUAUUCUGAUGUCCUUCAUCUUCUUCACUCAACAGAUAAGGAUAUUUGCUUAAGAGCAGGCUAUGCAUUAAGCCUUUUUGCCUUCAAUAAUCGCUUCCAACAAUACUUAAUAUUGGAAAGUGGAAUAAUGACCAUAUCUAUUUUUGAACCUUUUCUUGAAUCGGCAGUUGAAACUGAGAGAGCAAUGGCAGCAUUUCAGAUUAUUGUAUUAUCUAAAGUCAUUGUAGAUGUGGACCAUAUUACUUUGACUGCAAGAGGUGUUACUAUUUUAGUUGAUAGCCUGUAUUCAGUUCAGCCCGCUACGCUUGUCUUGACAGGGAAUUUAAUAGCCAGCCUGGCUCAUUCUAGAGCUGGCAUUCCAGAAGCAUUCACCUCAUUAGGAACAAUCCAGCGGCUCUGCUACCAUUUGCACUCAGUAAGAGAAGAGGUCCGCACAGCUUGCUCCUGUGCUCUUGGCUACUUAACUUACAACGCAAAUGCUUUCCGCAUCCUAUUAAAAGAAUGCAGGAAUAAACCCAAUCAGUUCCUUCGCUUAACAAAUAAUAUCAACAGAGAUGCAAGUAUUAACCCAGCAUUUUUAAAGGAAUUUCAAAUGCAACAAACAGUGGGACUUCCUUCCUUGAGUCUGGAAAAGAAUGGAGGACCAUCCAUAAUUCCUGUCUUUAAGAAAGGAAAAGAGCACCGAAGAAAAGCAAAACCUAAAAUUCAACCAAGAGAUUCUUUGACUUUAAUACCUCCUGUAACUAACUUCAUGGGACUCUUCAAAACAACAGAAAAUACUGAUGUUCCUGUUAAUCUGUUUUCUUUUUCCUCUGCACUUUCAUCGGAUAUCAUAAAUAUAUCAAGACCAAGAAUAGUGUGCUUGAACCAACUUGGGAAACAUGUACAGAAAGCGAACUCAGAGCCUUCUGAAGGCUAAUAAAAGCGCUUUUGUAUGAAA